AUGGUUAAAAGGAUUAUAGACAUGAAAAUUGUUUUAUUUCCUGUUCCAAAUCAGAGUUAUUUUUUUAAUUUGCUAUUAAAGAUUCAAUUAUCUAUUUUGAUUUAUGAAAAGGGCAUAAUAGCAAGGAAAAGACUUAAAUGA